AUGAUUGUACAAGAUACUUCUAAGACAUGUUAAGCAUUUUUCUAAUAAACAUGCUCGUAAAAAUAUAAUUGUUAUUACAGGCAUUAGCUUAUGGUAUAUAUGUUAAUUACCUUAAGGACUUUAAUAUCGAUUUUAAUCACAGUUAGGAGUAAUAUUUCAUUAAAUAAACAAAUGAUGUUGAAAAGAGUAAUUUCAAGAUUAAUUUCAAAAGAAUUUAAUAUCACUCUAAUUUUGGAAUUUUAAUAAAAAUGAUUACUAAUCACCUUUAAAUACUCUCAGUUGUUUUUACUUUUAAAUUCUCCUCAUUAAUUAGUAUUGAUAAUGUCAUUAACGCUAUAAGUAAUCCAAUACAAACAAUGAAACAUUCUCUUGAUUGUUUUUUAAAGGAUAUAUUUGAUUUCGAAAUUCAUUAUUCAAUAAUUUUAUGGCAAAUUAUCAUGCCUUUCAUGUACAUAUGCAUUUUUUUAUGUGUCUACAUCUUUGCUUUAAUAAUAUUAACUCUUAAAUUUAAUUUGAAUGUAAUAACUACAACUCUAAUAUAUAUGUACAUCUAUCUCUAACCAUAUUUGGUUGGAGCAUUGAUUUCACUUAUCUCAUAUCGGUAAAUCUCAGGAUUUCUUUGGAUUUAAGCUAAUUUUUCUUACAGAUAUGAUACCCAAAUACAUUAUUAAUGGCUAUUAUAAUUUUGCAUACCUAUUUUAAGCCUUAUUGCAUUAAAUAUUCCAUAUUAUUUCUUUAUUUCAUUGUAUAUCAAUUAAAAUACAUUACAUAAAAAAAGCACAAGAUGCAAUUGGUAAUAUUUAUAUAAUGAAUAUGUAUUUGAAGCUUAUUAUUGGGAGAUAAUUAAAAUAAUUUUCAAAGAAUUACUUAUAAUUUUCCUUUCAUAUUAUGAAGAGAAUGUUGUCAAGAAAGGAAUCCUUUUGCUGUCAUUAGUGUAUAUUUAUUAAGUGCUUAGUUUAAAAUAUCGGCCUUAUAAAUCAUUCAUUUUAAAUAAAUUAGAUGCAUAUUCAGCAAA